CUCAACUUGUAUAUAAGCAACAUUCUAGCUGUAUUAUUAAAAAAAAAACUUAGUUCAAACCAACUUGUGAUUUUAAAAUGCAGUUCAAGGAGCUGAAAGUAACCAUGAUUAUUUUUGUUUCAUUCAUAGUACUUGGAUUGUGUAAAGCAGACAUCAGAUGCUUCCCUAAUGGCACCAUAGUGGUUCCUAACCCCGGCGGGCAUUUCAACAAGGUGGAUGUAGAGUCAAAGACGUGUCGUCUGCGGGGCUCCGAGAUGCACGAGGAGCUUUGGCUCGACAACUGUCAGAUGGACGCUAUCCACAAUGUGACAUUAUUGAAACUUGUGGAACCAGGUAUCAUCAUAAACGGCACAUCUCGGUCUUUCGUCUGCAAACAGAUCCCGGACGAGGGCAUCAUCGUGAACGUCAGUGUGGGCCUGAAAGUCACGGAGGACCCAUCGAUACCCACAAAAGAGCAGGUGUUGGAUAAUGGAGUCCGAAUAAUAACACGUCUUGGGGAAAACACUACCGUUGCAAAGGUUCCCGCGCAGGCCGCAACAAAGAUCGUCUGGGACUUACAGAUAGAGCAAUUCCGGAUCAUACCGGAAGUGUGCAGCUACAUGUCGAAGAGCGGCCCCGUGAUUCUGCUUCAGAACGGAUGCAGUAAAGCUUCCGGUCAGGUGUCGGACUUUGUAACCGAUGCAAGCGGCGGCUUCCUGAUGUUAUUUCCGGCCAGUUUCAUCGACCGAGCCUCCAAUGACGUCGCCAUAGUGUGUUCCGUGAGGGUGUGUCUUUCCAGUGACGCAGAUAGCUGCAAUGCGAAUUGCGGAGCUAACAGGAAAACUAACCAGCGCCGACGCCGACAUUUGGAGAAGCGUUCCACUUCCGUUCAGAGGUCAGAGGUUGCUAUCCUUACGAUCCAAUAUGAUACUCCGAAAGUGACGUCAUUCUUCAGAAAUUCACACUGUCCGAAGUCGACACCGACCGUGGGAAUGAUUAUGUCAUUUUUAUUUAUUGUUCUGGCUGUGCUGUAGCAUAAACAUUACGCAAGAUACUUUCAUCUGAAAAAACAACAACACUAAAACUGAUUGAAAAUCGUGCUAGAUGUGUAUAUAGCAUGUAUUUAUAUAGUACAUAGUCUACAUAACGUGUUACAGAUUGGUAUAGGUUAAUUCUACUAAUUUUUGUAUGCUAGUUUUCAAACUGUGUUACGCCUAGAUCAAAUUUGAUCAAUCAUCUUGCUCAGGAUAUAUAUUUUUCAUGAAACUAAUUUGUAGUAUUUCUUCACUGUCUGGCUUAUAUUUCGUUUCAGGUAAGCCCGAUGGGAACGAAAGUUAUAGUGAAUAUGUUUGAAAUUAAUUGCUGUUUUUUUUGCAUUUGGC